UCGCUCAUUUCUCCGCAACACAAAAAAGGGAAAAAAAGUUAGAUUUUUGGCCGUUCGGCGACAAUAACUUUGCAACUUCUUUCGCUGCUUGACCAAACCUUGCCGCGGCGCGAACUUCACCCGCGGCAACCCACAGACAACGAUAGCAUCACUGGACACAAACUUUGUAACCAACACAACCUAUUCAAGCAAACAUAAGCGUAGGCGUCAGCAACAUCUCAGCUGUCGUACCGUAGAGCUCCCCAGUAGACGCGGCGCCACCACGCAGGACUCAGAGCAGCGGUAACCAGGCAGCGAGUCCCAAGUGUAGCCAAGACCCUCAUGAUAAAAGACACAGCUUGGACCUUAGUAACAGACGUACCAUACUAGAUCCCAGCACAUUAGUCCCUGCCGCUGGUGUACUGUCGCGCAAGGCAGAGGCUGCAUGGCGCUUGUAGUGGAGGAGUGUGCGUCCUAGCUAUCUGUCCUGGCGAUACGCUGACGGUUGAUGCAAGGGUUGGUGUGGUGACUCCUUCCCGCAGCCUGGCACGCAUACAUGCAUCACGUAUACUCAUGCAAAACAUUAUAUCGAUACUGACUUUAGCAGUUGUUUCCAGCUUGAAAUUCUACUGUAAAUAUAUACAUAUAUUUUAAAAGUGCCUAGUCCUGUUGUUAUUUAGCGUGUAGUUCAGAUUUAAAUUGUACAAGCUAUAAAAUUUUAAGUCAAUGUGUGGAUGAGAACUCGUGUGAUACCUAAGAUAAAACAAGUCACAAAUCACAGAUGUAAAUAGUUCACAAAGUAUUUUCUUUCGCUGUGCUCACCCGUCUGUUGUCAUGAACACUGUGGGACUUUAUCAUUGGUGAGACGCGUUUAGUUUGGAUCCUGCGCAGUAAUUCCCCUUCAGCGCCAGUCAUAGCCGACAGUCCCUGCAGCUCCGCCUCCUUCAGGUGCUUCUGCUGAAGAUACUCAAUCUCCACCCACACACUUGCCUUCCACUCUCACCUUACCGUCCACUUCCCUGUACUUUUCAUUGUCUUGAUUGCAUCGAGCUUGAUAGUUAAUACAAAGGCAAAAUGGAACCUCCUCCAGAGAAGGAAGAAAGCUUUCUGAGUCAGUUGAAGUACUACACCACGCUCACGCUCGGCACCACCGCCUGCGUCUCCUCCUUCGUGUUCAUGUUCAUGAUCCCCUGGGUGCUCGACCCUUCCAUCUCCACGCUCAUGGCGAACUUUGACCCUGACCCUGUGGUGUGCAAGACCGUCCGCUCGGAGCACGAGUGGGGCAUGAAGAACUGCUCGUGGUCGUCCUGCAAGCACGGCUGCACCAGGGACAUCUACGAGUGUGACCAGAUCUACGUCAACUACAUGUUGGUGCCCAUGACUGACUUCGAGGGCCAGGACAUUGAGGACGAUGACGAGCUGUGGGUUGGGCGCGGCCUGCCCCUCUUCAUCAACAUCAAGGCGUGUGGCUACCCACCCGCCACCAACUGCACCAUCUUCAGUGACAACUACUGGCCCGAGGGAUCCAUCUUCCCCUGCUACUACUCCCGCGCCGACCCUGACCUGGUCAUCACCAACUACGACUGGAACAAGGAAGUGCAAUACAUCAUCAUGGCGCUGCUCAUCCCCAACAUGCUGUGUGGCAUCUCCCUGGGAGUGGUCAGCUACUGGUGGUACCCGGGCUGCCAGAAGCGGCGCUGCCAGUACCAGCUGCCCCCAGACCAGGAGGAUGCCUCGUGCAACAUGGAGAACGAGGACGACGACGACGACGACGACCUGGAUGAGGAGGACUGCGAGGCCGGGAGGGACCUGAGCAGGGAGGACAACGAGAUGAUGGACAAAAAGAACAGGAGCCACGAGGAGGAGAAGGACCGCGACACCUCCAUUAACAUGCCGGAAGAGAAGGUGUGACUACUGGACGGCGGGGCUCUUGGUCAGGAGGGAGGGUGAGCAAGGCGCGGUAGCCGGACCGUCACCACCACCACCGCCGCCGCCGCCGCCGCCGCCACGUCUCAGCUCCCUUAACGGCGUGUUCACUUCGCCUUGCUCCUCCAUCAGGCAAUGCAGCUCGCUCUUCCUGCCGUUCUCAAGAAGCUCCCGUUUAGUAACAUCUCUUCAGCAUCCAUUCAAGGAAAUACGAACACAUCAAGCCUUUUUUUUUUUUUUUUUCAGCCGUCAGCACUGUCUGUUUCUUCCCCCGUGUCGUUAUCUUCAUUCGGGGAAACUGUCUCGUGAUCAGCGCUGACUGCCCCUACGUGUGUCCUGUCUGCGAUCAGUGACGACAGUGGCCGCUAGAUGGCAGUUCAGUGUUGUGUUUGAUGAAAGCUCCUGUUGUUUGAAUAUAUUAUACUCGUUACAUAUAUGAUAUAAUUAUAACAUCUACUAGUUCUUGUUCUGUACACACAUAUUCGAAUACUUCACCAAGCCAAGCACCUUCUCUGUUGGUGACCGUAACACUUCAUUCAUUCCUUCAUCACGGGUCCAGCCAUAGUUGGUCGAGCAGCAUUCCACUUACUCGCUGUGUUGACGUCCUCAGUCUCACGUCCUCUGGUCUGCUAAGAAUCUGUCAGGUUUUGUAAGGAGAUUGUCAGCUGAUCGGAGGACUUAAGAUCGGACGCGAAACACAAUGGAAAUGAGUCCGUGUUACUUGAUAUCAUGGCUACGACCACACACUUCGCUACCUGUUAUGUUAGUCUACGUCACUGCCGCUCUCCAGCCAUAGAAUGUAAACAAGACUGAUUCUCACGAGUAAAGGGUGACACCGAGACAGAAAUAGAAACAUCCAGAUCACUAUUUCAUAUUCGCACGAGACACACAUGUUAGCCUUGUAAUCACCAUCAUUUUUCUCUCUGGCCUCGAAUCCCACGUUACCAGGGAACACAACAGGAGUCCGCACCUAUUGCUGAAUAUUUUACAAUCAGUCAGUCAGUCAGUCAGUCAGUCGCUUGGAGUCCCGCGUCCCACCUCCUGGCAACUCAGAUGCAUGUGGCAGUAGACUUUGGAAACCUUCAGUAUUUGUUAGAUAGACGAGCGUGGCCAGAAGUUGCUGAACAGUAUCCACUCCUAUAGCUCUGUUAUGUUAGCUCCGUACUGUCCAUCAGCUUGUGGCCGCCUCACCAUACAUAUGUUUCGUGGCACCAGAGGAUUUCAUAGCAUAUAUCGAAGCGCUAUUGUUUCCCCCUCUUGGUCUCGACUCAAGCGGGAAAAGUAUAACAUUAGGAAUUACUUUUGAUUUGAUAAUGUAACUGGUUAUAUUUCUAGAAGCAAGUAUAAGCCGAGUCUAUGCAGCUGUAAGGGUUAGACAUCACAUCAACUGCUCUCGCUUGACCCUCAUGUAUAUAGGACACAGAACCUGAGUAUAACACUGUCCUUCUCCAGCUGGCACGUCACGGCACACACGCCUCUCGGGUUCCCACUCACACCAAUCUUCGCUUGUAUUUAGUGACCACUCGUAGAUAAGGGAGUCCAAGGGCGCCCUCCCUCCGUCAUGGACCACAGGGUCUGCUCAGUUGCUUGAUAUAACGCGGCUUCAAAGGAUGGGAAAGCUUUGUAUUCCCGCCAGUCAAGUCACUCGCUUCACCUCCGCGUGGACUCAACUACCCAGAUAAGCACGACCCCGUAGAGGACUUGGUCAGGAGACUGUGUAAGGUGUAGUUCUUCAUUUCCCUGAUUUUUCGUCUUCUGACUUUUAUGUGAUGCUGCACGAACUCCCUCUCAGCAGACGAGGCAGUGUGGCGGUGUGCUGUGCUGUGGACUCGUGGCUGUGUUGCGAGGCACGCGAGCGGCUGCAUCACCUCACGCCUCCUCAACACAACCCUAUAGUGAUCUGAUGCACGAGGCGGGGCUCUCGAUCGUGUGUAAGUUAAGCUGUGCUCGGUAAACCCUGUCCAACUUAACAAGCCUCGGAAAGGAGAGAUGCUGUAAGAAGAACAGUGUGGAUUCUGCCGCACCCUGGUCCACGUACCACUGCGCGAAUCGGAAGGCACCGCAUCACGAAGAGCUGAAGGCCAUGGUCUGCGUCACGUCACUUCGAAUCGACUGUGGGCAUUCAUUAUUGUUGAAAAAUUAUGUUGUAAUUUUCGCGAUGACUUGCUUAGGUAUAUAAAGGUACAAAAUCACUACACAAUUGAAAGAUGUAAAGGAAAAUCAGAGUUGUGUCACAUGAGUCGUGGUUCCCAGCGGAGUCUUGGCCUCUCCUCCGCCCUUCCCGCUCCGAUCCUGUGUCGGGCACGCUCUCAUCUGUUACCUGUCAUCACCUGCAGGAUAGAUUUGUCCUUCAAACCUUACAUAAACUAUUUCCUCCACCUACUCAUGUCACACGUCGUGCAGUGUUGUUUGCCUUCAAAACUAAGUGUAAGUUAAAGAGAGAGCUUCAGACACAUUCUCUCUCUCUCUCUCUCUCUCUCUCUCUCUCUCUCUCUCUCUCUCUCUCUCUCUCUCUCUCUCUCUCUCUCUCUCUCUCUCCAAUGACUGACUUUGCACCAAGCAAGUCCUGCCACAAGGCCCUGCCUGGGAACCACACCACCAGAGGCUCGUGACGCAUCGCGGGGCGCCGCCUUCCACACCUGGUUCUUGAUAGCAACAAAACGAAGUAUUUUGCACCACUGAUUAACACAAUAUUAUAGUUUACUCUAUGCCAAUAUUGAUUUUAUAAUUCAUCAAAUGUAUAUUUAUUCUUUUUAAAAGUUUAUAUAUAUAUAUAUAUAUAUAUAUAUAUAUAUAUAUAUAUAUAUAUAUAUAUAUAUAUAUAUAUAUAUAUAUAUACACACACACACACACACACACACACACACACACACACACACACACACACACACACACACAUACAAAGGGAAGGGCACAAAUUCUGUAUGAAGGUGGUGGCACGUUGAGGUAUAGUACAGGAGGGCAGGCUGGUCGUGGCCCCGUCCCCCAGGACAGCCACACUGCGUGGUGCCAUCACAGUGACGGCGCCCCGCUUGGUGCUCGGCGGCUGGCGGGGCGGGGCGCUGGCCGUGGUCUGGGGGGAGCGAAGAGCACGGAAUGGUCUGGUUUGUUGUUUUGUAAAUUUACAUAACUCAUCUUGUUUGGCUUGAAAUCCCAAAGUGGCCCCUGUUUUGUGAGAGCAGUAACACUUAUCACUGUUCACCACGCAGCCACCGGCAGUUGGUUUGUCAAGUUUGAGAAUCUUUCAAGAGACCGGAACUGUGGUUCAUUACACUCACUAUAUUCAGCGCUCACAGCUCUUUGAUCAUAACAUAUUAUAUACAUGAUACAUAUUUGGAGGCGUGCAUGCCCGCAGUAUACACAGUAUACACGAUAACGCUAUGGUGAACUAUCCUGCAGAUAAUGUUGUUAAGGCCCAUCCUGUAAUCCAAUAUUGACAAGAAGCAAACAGUAUAUCUUUACCUGGUGCUAUCAUUUCCGUGAGGACUGACACCAAAUUUCUGAACUAUUGUUGUAAAUCGGAACAAUUUGUUGUACAUUGAACAUGUGUUACAGGUUUUAUCUGUCCAGUGUUUUCACAUUAUCACAUAUUCUUCUAAUGUAUAUCAUUGAUGCAUUGCAUUCUACUUAUGAGAUUUCCCUCAAAGAUAGAUUAUAUGAUAUAUUAUAGCCGCCAGGAUGUGUUGUUUUGUUUUUGACGAUUUCAAUAUAUUAUAUAUUUAUUACUUACUUAUUUCAAAUACAUCUGCACAAUAUUUGUGCUUGUUAAUGCUUGAAUUUCUACACAAAGUUUGCAAUAAAUAUUGCUCAAAA